AUGAACAACUGUCUACUGUCAACUUCUCUCGACCGCAGUGUGUCAUUAAAAUUUAUUAAAUCAUCAGAUAAAUUGGAAGGACUAGAACGUGUUUUCUUCGAAAUUGAUGUUGAUAUUAAUCAAAAGUCACAUCGCUGUGGUGAUAUAUCACAUUUAGGUUAUUUUCCAACGAAAACCGAAAUUCUAUUUAUGAUUGGGUCUAAAACAGAUGUCUGGCGUGGUCAGCAUACUUCAGCUCUAUUACAGUAUGAACAAACAAUCAAACUUUGGCUGAAUUGCAUAAACGAUGAUGAAUUGAAUCUAUUAAUUGAUAUUAGUAAAGUGGAUGAAAAGAUUGGAUCUAUUUAUGAUUUAAACGAAGAGGAAAGAAUAUUUACGAGGGAUAAUAUGGAAGGUGGUAUGGAAAUACGCGAAGACGAGCAGGUGUGGUCUAUUUUAAGAGAUAUAAAAGAUGCUGAUCUUGCUAAGAUGCAUAAUGAUUUAGCAAUUUCUUAUCUACAAUCAGCAUUUGAAAAUACGAAUGCUAAAAGAGCGUAUGAAGAAUUGGGUGUGAAUUUGAUAAAAGGAAAAUCGACUGCUGAAAUGUUAGCGGAUAUUGAAAAAGAAUUAAAGAAAUAUGAUUCAUCAUACAAGUAUUUGAACAGGACAUUGAAAUUAUAUCGAAAUGAUUUACAAGUACUGGGAAAACAGCUUAUAGAAAAUAGUGAGAAGCUAUCAGCCUGUGAACAAAAAUUAAUGAUGAAAAGUAAUAGUACUACCAAAGAGGCCAGUAGCAUCGACACCAACGAUAGUACUGAUAAUGUUGCCACAGACGACCGUGACAAUGAAGACACUCUUGAAGCACUUGAAAACGAUGUCAAUAAAUGUGAAACUAAGACGGACGAAUGA